UCGCAUCCGGGCUGCCCCGGGCUUUUGCAAGAGGCGCGGCGGGCCUGCGAGCUGGUGCAGCAGCCGCUUGGUCGACCUCCUUUCUCGUUGUCGGCGGCCGGGCGGGUCAGGGCGCGCGGGGGGCAGGCGGUGGCUGCCUCAGGCGGAGGCGGAGGUGCGGCGGAGGGUGGGGGCCGCUGCCUUCGCAGGAGCCCGGGCCGGCCCGCGCCUUUGCACCGUGCUCCAUGCAUCCGGAGCCCGCCCCGCCCCCGAACAGCAACAGCCCCGAGCUUCCCCUCACCGGCGGCAGCACCACCAGCGGCAGCCGCCGGAGCCGCCGCCGCAGCGGGGACGGAGAGCCCCCGGGGUCGCCGCCACCGCCAGCCGCCGUUACCUACCCGGACUGGAUCGGUCAGAGUUACUCCGAGGUGAUGAGCCUCAACGAGCACUCGAUGCAGGCGCUGUCCUGGCGCAAGCUCUACUUGAGCCGCGCCAAGCUCAAAGCCUCCAGCCGGACCUCUGCUCUGCUCUCCGGCUUCGCCAUGGUGGCGAUGGUGGAGGUACAGCUGGACGCCGACCAUGACUACCCGCCAGGGCUGCUCAUCGCCUUCAGCGCCUGCACCACAGUGCUAGUGGCCGUGCACCUGUUUGCGCUCAUGAUCAGCACCUGCAUCCUGCCCAACAUCGAGGCGGUGAGCAACGUGCACAACCUCAACUCAGUCAAGGAGUCGCCCCAUGAGCGCAUGCACCGCCACAUCGAGCUAGCCUGGGCCUUCUCCACCGUCAUCGGCACGUUGCUCUUCCUGGCCGAGGUUGUGCUGCUCUGCUGGGUCAAGUUCUUGCCCCUCAAGAAGCAGCCGGGGCAGCCCCGGCCCACCAGCAAGCCCACGGCUGGCGGCGCGGUGGCCAGCGUCAACAGCAGCACAGGCGGCAUCACCCCCGGCCAGGCUGCUGCCAUCGCCUCCACUACCAUCAUGGUCCCCUUUGGCCUGGUCUUUAUUGUCUUUGCCGUCCACUUCUACCGCUCACUGGUCAGCCAUAAGACGGACCGACAGUUUCAGGAGCUCAACGAGCUGGCCGAGUUUGCCCGCCUGCAGGACCAGCUGGACCACAGAGGGGAUCACCCCCUGACACCCACCAGCCACUAUGCGUAAGCCCUUCUGGGCUCGGGCACGUCAGAUCUCUGGCCUUACGCCGCUCCCCACGACCUCGUCCUGCGCCAGCCUCAAGGACAGCCAGCUCAGAGGAUUGGGCUUUUGUAAGGGGGCAGAGAGUGGAGGAAGAGGCUUUUUUUUUUUUUUCUUUUAAGAGAAAUGACUGCACUUUGAAACUUUCCUCUGAGAGAAUGAGCACUUCCUCUUCUUCCAGCUUCGGGUUCACCUCCUGGUAGGAGGCCACCAGUGGGAGCCAGAGUGGGGACAAAUGCUCCCUUUGUCCCUCCUCCUCCCUGUGUCCGUGCCACUUGGAUGCUUCUUGUCUUUUCUGUCUUGACCUCCCUCCCCGUUCAGUGUCGUGUGUGUGUGUGUUUGUGUGUGUGUGUGUGUGCACACAUGUGUGCACAUGCACAUAAAUAUACUCAUAAGGGAUACCUC